GGGGGGUGGAUGAGAGUGUUUGGCUGAUGUCCAUGUGUUUCAGCAGGGGAGUUGAAGCAGUCAGGAGGAGAGAGAGGACUGACGCGUGGAGAAGCAGUAUUUCAUAGACAGAGGAGGCUUCUUCUCAUUAGAGGAGGUGGAGGCUCUCCAAGAUCAGACACACACCCGUACACACACACACACAGUCUUAUGAGUUUGAGGAAUUCAUCGGCUGUGGUUACAGUGACAGGAACAGUCAGCCAGGGUUGAGUCACAGCAUUUAGACGGUUUUCUUCACACUCAGUGAAGUGAGUUUGAAGACUGGGCUGAUGACAGAUAACUCGUUUCCUACAACCGGCAGUUCAGUUUAGUUCAGUCAGUCAGUGGAUGGAGGAUCGUAAGGAGACGGUGUGAUACAUUUAAGCGGAGUGUGUGAGGAUGGCGUGGGGUGUGUGGACUUUCACGCUUUGCUUGGUGUUUUGGAUCAGCUCCGCGACUCAGUCGACAAAAAGUGUGUAUCCAAGAUUACGGCUGUCUCACAAAGAGUUAUGGGAGCUGAACAGGACGUGGGUGUUCCAGGCCGGAGAGGGCCGUCUGCAGCAAUACACCAUGUUACUGGACGAGACUCAGGAACGGCUAAUCAUCGGGGGAAAAGACGUCCUGUACUCCCUCAAUCUGGAGCGCAUCACUGCCCCCCACAAACGGAUUGUCUGGUCGAGCUCUCAGGAGCAGGUGGAGGACUGUUUGAUGCAGGGCAGAGAGAAGCCGGAGUGUGCAAACUACAUUAAGCUGGUUCAACAUUAUAACAGCACUCAUCUGCUGGCAUGUGGCACUGGAGCCUUCAGUCCUGUGUGUGCUUACAUCAGAGUGAGUCGUGGAGCAGAGCAGGAGCGAGAGUUCAGGUUGGAGUCUGACCACAUAGAGAGUGGCAGAGGAAGAGUCCCAUUUCAUCCCAACAGCCCUUUAGCAUCAACCGUCUACCGUGGAGAGCUGUUUGUGGGCCUGUACACUGAUUAUUGGGAGAAUGAUGCCGCUCUAUAUCGUUUAGGCAAUCACAGCUUCAUCAGGACUGAAGUGGGCGACAGACAGCAGCUGAACGAGCCCAAGUUUGUGGGUUCAGCGGUGAUCCCUGACAAUGACGACCCUGCUGACGAUAAGGUUUACUACUUCUUCACAGAGCGAGUGGCCGAUGUUGAGGGAGGAAAUAAAGCUGUUUACACCAGAGUGGCCAGAGUCUGUGCGAAUGACCAGGGUGGUCAGAGGAUGCUGGUAAACAGAUGGAGCUCUUUCCUGAAGACACGUUUGAUCUGCUCAGUGGCAGGACCCAACGGCAUUGACACACACUUUGAUGAGCUCGAGGAUGUGUUUGUACUACGGAAAAAAGAUGAGAAAAAUCCAGAGAUCUUUGGUCUGUUCAGCACCACCAGUGCUGUGUUUAAAGGAUAUGCAGUGUGCAUGUAUAAUAUGGAUGACAUCCGUGCUGCAUUUAAUGGGCCUUUUGCACACCGGGAACGGACCGACCAUCACUGGAAAGUGUACGACGGCAAAGUCCCAUACCCUCGACCCGGAUCGUGUGCCAGUAAGAUAAAUGGAGGCCAUUUCUCCAGCUCUAAGGAGUAUUCGGAUGAGGUUCUCCGAUUUGCACGUUCCCAUCCGCUCAUGUUCCAGGCGGUGCAGCCUGUUCACAGACGACCCAUCCUGCUGGACACUGAAGGAGGACGUAAACUCACCCAGCUGGCAGUGGACCGGGUGGAGGCUGAGGAUGGACACUACAAUGUUCUCUUCAUAGGCACUGAUAAUUCUGUAGUAUUAAAAAUGAUUACAAUCUACAACAAAGAAGCCGACACAGUUGAAGAGGUUCUUCUGGAGGAACUGCAGGUUUUUAAGGUCCCUGUUCCCAUUACUGAGAUCCUGAUCUCUACUAAACGACAACAGCUGUAUGUGGGCUCGGAGUUGGGUGUAACACAGAUCCGUGUGCAUCAGUGUGGGCUCUAUGGGUCAGCCUGUGCCGACUGCUGCCUGGCCAGAGACCCUUACUGUGCCUGGGAUGGGUUCACAUGUUCACGCUACUAUCCUGCAGGACUUUAUACUAAAAGGCGCUUCAGACGGCAAGACGUUCGUCAUGGCAAUGCGGUUCAGCAGUGCAACGGGCUUCAGCUUAGCGAACAAAGCAUCUCAGAGAAGCUGGUUUACGGUGUGGAGAACAAUAGUACUUUACUGGAGUGCAGACCACGAUCACUGCAGGCAUCUGUAACCUGGUACAUUGAACAUGGCCUCGACAUGGAGGAGGUGAAAAGUGAUGAUCGCAUGAUUCAGACGCCGCACGGCCUCUUACUCCUCCGAAUAAUGAAGUCAGAUGCAGGAGUUUAUGUGUGUCAGUCCACCGAGCAUGGUUUCAUCCAGACGCUGCUGAGAGUCACGUUAGAGGUGCUGGAGGAGGGAAAGGUGGAGGCUCUGCUGCAUAAACCCGAGGAGGAGGAUAGUGAUCUUCCACACAGAGCAGCUCCACCAUGCUCCUUUCCCAGCUUGCCUUCUACUUCAUCAAAGCUCUGGUAUAAAGACUUCAUGCAGCUCAUCGGAUACAGCAACUUCCAGCGGGUGGAGCAGUACUGUGAAAAGGUGUGGUGCGUGGCGGACAGGAAGAGGAAGAAACUCAAGGGAAUGACACCAAAAUGGCGGUUAACAGCCGGGGGAGAGCAGCGGGCGAGAGCACGGGCACCUCGACACACACCGGGACAGUAGAGAACUAAUUAUUUUAGUCUAUGCUCCAUGCCGAUGAGCUGAUAUAGACGUUAUUGUUAUUACUAUUAGAAAAAGAAGAACGAGUUUCUUUCGAGUCUUACUGUCGCAUCCUUGAUCAGUAGUCACAGCCAGAUAUUUAAAGGUACACCAAGUCAUUUUCUUAUCGAAUUUAUGGAUAUCGAUGCAAAGUGAUAACAUGUUCAGUGUUUCCACAAAUGUGCUUUGCAGGUACAGGGAGCAUGUGCUCACUGGUGCACGACUCAAAAUGCUCAGAACACAGACAGCGCAUGACUUAAACAACACAUAUGCUUAAAGAAUGAUCUGCUGCAGUACUUUUCUUUUAAUAUAGCUCAUGUUAAUAUUACAUUUUCCAAAUUUAAUUUCUACUAUGUGUUCAUAUUUCACAUGCACGUGCAAAAAAAGAAAUGAAAUUAAAACACAUGAAAUAUAGAAACUGCGCAGUUAAUUUUUUAAAUAGUUUUUAAAAAUCCUAACAGUAAUUUGAAGGAGAACAUUGACGUUUUUAAAAAGCAAAAACUGAACUGAAGUGAAAUUAUAAAAAAUAAAGCUGCAGGAGUUCAUUUGUUCGAGGUGAAAUUCGUUGUAUUGUAUUUUUAUUGAGGUAUUUCAUGCUUCUAAUGAAAUAACAUUUAACCCCCUAGCAGCAAACCAUCAUAAAACUGAUGAUAAGGAUGAGACGUUAGCCCCUUUCACACACACAGACCUUUCCGGAAAAUUACCUGCAAUUAUCAGGAAUGGUCUGGGUGUGUGAACGGGCCUAUUUUGAAAAUACCGGUAAAUUCGUUACAACAAUUUUCCAGAAAAGAGAAGUUGUAAGACUGCUCUGUGUGAACGCAGAAGGAUAAUUGCCAGAAAGAGUGCGUUCACUCUUAGAACUCGAUGACGUGAGACAUCAACUCCAGCCAAUCAGAACAUUCAAACAGUUUCACAAGCCUUUGGAUAUUUUUCCAGACACAUUUAGCUGCUAGAUGUUGGUCAGAUAAUGUUUCUAUGUUCCUUCUUAAUGCCAACUGUGGAAAAAAUGAUCACUAAAAUGCUAAUGAUAAGCCAUUGUUAGUAUACCUUCAAGCUCUGCUUCCUCCAAGUUGCUUGAUGUGUGAGCAUUGCAGAACUAAAAUAGAUUUUAAGACGUAUUUAAUUAGAAAGUUGUUAUUUUUAAUUGUAAACUAUUGCACUCUUUGAGUGUGCAUUUGUCCAAAAGAUUUUAUUACAUUUCGAACUAAUCUUUGAGCAGUAGUUAACUCUUAAACUUGGUGAGUGUAUUUCUGUUAUUGGAAUACAGUGUUUUUAACAUGUAACAUGGCAUUUGACAUAAAAAAUAACAUUAAAAUGAUUCAAAAGGAGGUAAAGUAUUGCAUUAUAGAAAACCGAAUUCUGUAAAAUGGUGUAGACCAGUGUUUCUCAACCACAAUUCGUGAGGACCACCAGCACUGCAUGUUUUGGAUGUCUCCUUUGUCUGUCACAGCCAUUACAGUUCUUUCAGUCUCUGCUAAUGAGCUGAUGAUCCUAAUCAGUUUUGUUUGGUUAAGGAGACAUGAAAAAUGUGCAGAGCUGGGAUUCCUCUAGUAAUAUGGUUGAGAACUCUACAUUUAGGCUAUUUUACAUAUACAUAAAGCCAAACUAUACAUGCUGCAUGCAUACUUCAAACACAAUAGUAUUUGAAUGCUUUCUCAAACAAAACCAUGAAAUGACUUGCUGUACCUUUAAAAUAGAAGAGGAAGCAAAUGUGUACCCAUUUGUAAUAUUUGUACAGGGCUCUUAUUUACUAAGGAAAAGCUUAGAUUCUGCCUGACCGACUGGACAGUUACAAAAAAAGGGCUGAAAGACCCUCUCAGGAUCAGACAAGUGACAUUUUCUCUUGCUUUGCUCUGAACAAUGACAAAUGGCGGUGAGCAUCUAGGUUCAUGUCAACGAUGUGAGAUUUUCUUAUGAAGAUUUCACUGAAUGACUUUUCCUUGUUUGAAAGUAUGAACUCAGUGGAAGAAAACAUCUGUAUUUCUGUAAACAGCUACGUUGUUUCAAAAAGAAAACUCAAUCAAAGAGUAUCGAUCUUAAUACUGAGUAUAUUUAUCUGCUUUGUUGUUUUUUUAAGUUAUUCUACUCUUCGCAAGGUUUGGUAGUGUUUUUGUAGUUGUACUGUAGUUUGACUGGACGUGUAUUACUGCAUUUCAAAAGUGUAUAGAUUUUUGCGAAUUUUUGUUUUUCUGUGCCUUUAACUCAAACAGUAAAGCAUGGGACUUGCAAUAUCAAAGACACUGGUUCAAAACCUAGUGGAAGCAAGAACUGAUAAAAUGAGAUGUGCAAGGCUUUGGAUCGUCUUUGGAUCGGCUUUGGAAGCGUCUUGUCAAAUCAAAAAUGUCAAAUGUAAAUGUAACUUAUCAUAAUGCAUUUUUAGUGAUAUGUUUUGGCUGCAAAGUACUAAAUUAAGUUCCAAAUAUUGACGUCAAUUGUUUAGAGCUGUAUUAUGAUGUUAAAAUUGUUAAUUUUCUUAAUUGUUGUUUUGGGUACUAUAUGUACCAGAACUUCUAAACAGGUGUACAUGGUUAGCACAAUAUUGUUGACCUUCACCAGUGACUGACCAGCUGCUGUCGUGAUUGGGAACGUCAAUGGACAACUUUCUUCAGGUGUCAUUGACUUCUUAGUGGUAAGGUAUGAAAAUCUGUACUAUAACAGUUUGGGGCCAGUUUAAUUGUGUUUAUUUGAUGAAAAAA